AUGGAUUCCGUCUUGGAAGCUAUCAAGGUUUGGUACAGGGGAGGAGAUCAUGGUAGACUGCUCAUGGGUACUCAGACGAUGAUGCAGGGGCUUGACAGUGUGGUGGCUUCAGACUGCCCAGAGGUAAACAUCAGGCAGAGAAAACAGCUUCGAUAUCAGUGCGGAGAGCACCACACAUUCCGUCUCUACAGGGAGGAGCGGUUGAGGUGCAACGGCGGUUUUCCCAAGGAGUGCCCGCCUGUGCGGGCAAAGAGUGAGUUCGACGGACUGAGGUACGGCAUCAUCGAGCCGGGAGCGGAGAAAUACGGCGUCCGGAAGUUGGUGGCAUGGUCCCGCUUCGAGAACUGUACUUGGUUUGGCUGUGCCGGGCGAGGUGAGGAAAAAUACCAGCGGCGCGAGCGACAGGGGUGGUGCCAGACUGGGCUGCCUCCGAAUGACAAAUGA